AUGGCUUUCCUCAUUCUUGUCAUAGGAGACCUCCACAUCCCGGAUCGGGCGCUCGACAUUCCCGCCAAGUUCAAGAAGCUCCUCUCUCCCGGAAAGAUCAGCCAGACGCUUUGCCUCGGAAACUUGACCGAUAAGCACACGUACGAGUACUUGCGAUCCGUCUCCCCCGAUCUGAAGAUCGUGAAAGGCCGCUAUGACGUCGAGGCCACUUCCCUGCCAUUGACGCAGGUUGUCACCCACGGAAGCCUCCGAAUUGGAUUUCUAGAGGGCUUCACACUUGUCUCUAAUGAGCCUGACCUUCUUCUGGCCGAGGCGAACAAAUUAGAUGUGGAUGUUCUGUGCUGGGGUGGCACUCACCGCUUUGAUGCCUUCGAGUAUAUGGACAAGUUCUUUGUAAAUCCUGGAAGUGCGACUGGCGCAUUCAUAGAGGGGUCAGGGCUGGAGAGCGAAGAGCCAACACCAAGCUUCUGUCUCAUGGAUGUCCAAGGCAUUUCACUCACCCUAUACGUCUACCAAUUACGAAAGGACGACAAGGGCAAUGAGAACGUGGCGGUUGAGAAGGUUACAUACACAAAACCAGUUGAACCUUCAGCGGGAGGAUCAUCAUGA